AUGGCGGCUGUACCCAAAGCUUCAGCAGAGGCAGAGUCAUCUAAGAAAUUCUGGCGCCGGGCGACCUCUUUCGUCCGCCUGCUCGUUUGCGGCAACCCCUCGUCCAAGGAUGUCAUUAUCCUGGUCAUUGGCUUUCUCGCCGCAAUUGCCUCUGGGGUUCCGUUCCCUAUUAUGUCUAUUGUCUUUGGACAACUAGUCAAUGGGCUGAACUCCGCCACCUGUGAGAUCAAUCCCGACUCCGCGGCGUCUUACCAGGACGGGAUCAACUCCAAGAUUUUGUUGAUCGUCUAUGUUGGUAUUGCCUAUUUUUUGUUGAUCUAUAUUUAUACCCUGUGCUUCAAUCUCAGUGCCGAAAGGCUGGCCCAGCGUCUCCGUGAAAGGUAUCUGAGUGCCAUCUUGCGCCAAGAUGCGGCCUUCUUUGACAAUCUACCGGCGGGCGAGGUGUCUUCGCGCAUCACAGGAGAAAUAUCCAUUGUGCAGCAGGGUACAAACGAGAAAGUAGGCCUCGUGAUCAACAGUAUCUCCUUUUUCAUUACUGCCUAUGUCGUCGCAUUCAUUAAGGAUCCUAAGCUCGCCGGUAUGCUGGUCUCCCUGACCCCUGCGUAUCUCAUUAUGGCGCUAGGCGGCGGGUACUUUGUGCAGAAGUACUUUGGGCGCUCGCUCGAAAGCAUAGCAAAAGCUUCCUCAGUCGCACUUGAAGCUUUCUCGAAUAUUACAGUCGUACAUGCAUUCUCAGCCAAUGCCAGGCUGGAGGAGAAGUUUAUCCAGGUUUUGAGCCCAGGCCUUUCCGCUGGUGUGUGGAAGUCAAUUGCCAUGGCUGCUCAGGCUGGGCUCCUAUAUUUCAUCGCAUUCUCGGCAAAUGGUCUCGCCUUCUGGCAAGGGUCCAGGCAGAUUGCGAGUGCCGUCGAGUCGAACACUGGUGGCAUCACUGUCGGAGCCACUUUCACAGUUAUCCUGAUCCUUGUAGAUGCCUCUCUCGUUCUCAGUCAGGCCGCCCCUUUUCUGCGUGCUUUCGAUUCUGCGGCCGUGGCAUUUGCCAAGCUGGAAGCCGAUAUGAACCAUGUAUCGAGCAUUGAUGGUACUUCUGAGCAUACCGGUCAUGUUCUAUCAAAUACCAUGGGAGACAUUGAGCUGCGUAAUGUCUCUUUUAAAUUCCCCUCGCGCCCAGAGAAGCCCGUGCUGCAAGAUCUCUCGUUCACCUGUCCGGCUGGUCGGCAAACGGCCAUCGUGGGACUUUCGGGAAGCGGUAAAUCUACUGUUGCAGGCCUGAUUACUCGGUUGUACAAUACAAACGAGGGCGUCGUUCUUCUAGAUGGCCGUAAUGUCAAAGAUCUGAAUGUGCGGUCCGUCCGGGGCGAAAUUAGUCUCGUGCAGCAAGAGCCGUGCCUUCUUGAUCGAUCUAUUCUCGAAAACAUCGCACUUGGUCUGGUAAACUCUCCUAAGCACAGGCAUCUACAUUCAGUCCUCAUGACUGAUGUUCUUGCUCACGUUGCCGAGGCCGUUCGUGGUGGUCAAGAUGUUGCAUUGGCGUCGCAAUCGCAUGGAGACCAAGUUCAAGAAAUUCUCCAGCUGGUUCUCCAUGCCACUUCUUUAGCCGAUGCGAUCGGUUUCAUCCAAAUUCUCCCCGAGGGCUUUGGUACAUCAGUUGGUGCCAAAGGCCAUCUCAUCAGUGGUGGACAAAAGCAACGCAUCUCCCUCGCCCGCGCUUUGGUCAAGGACCCACGCAUUCUGAUUCUCGACGAGGCCACCGCCUCGGUCGACUCGGCAUCAGAGCUGCGUAUUCAAAAAGCACUAGAGCAUGUGGCUGUAGGACGCACUAUGAUCACGAUUGCUCAUAGACUGUCUACAGUCAAAAAUGCGGAUAAUAUCAUUGUCAUGCGCCAAGGGAAAUUGGUCGAACAAGGAACACACCAAGGAUUGCUCGAGGCUGAGGGCGCGUACGCGGAACUUGUUCGUCUUCAGAAUCUCAACGUCAAUCGCAGCGAAAUAGAUUCCACGGAAUCGAACUCGGUACAUUCAAACUCUUCAAUCCAGGAGCUUCAUGCCAAGUCGGGAUCCUUUGAUGCUUCGAACCCAAUCGAUUUCCCAGCAACAGAGAAGGAAGAAGCACACGUCGCCACCCAGCAAUCCGGCACAGAAUUGAUUGUAGGCCAACGGACUAUGGCAUCAACAACAAAGGCCAUGGGUUCUCUUUUCCGGCCAUAUUCGUUUGUGCUUGUUGUCGCAAUCACUGGGGCGGUGGUCAUUGGUGGCACAUACUGCGGCUCAGCUGUGAUUUUCGGGAAUGUUGUGGGUAAACUUAGCUACUGCGAGCAACCGAGUUCUAUUCGUCAUGCCGGGGAGCUUUUCGGGUUGCUUUUCUUCAUGUUGGCCAUCGUCGAGUUCUUUGCCAAUUUCCUCAGUUGGUCCCUUUUCGGCUGGAUCGCCGAGCAGAUUAUCUACAAGGUACGCGUUCUCACGCUGCGAUCAAUUCUAGAGCAGCCCAUGGCCUGGCAUGAGGAGGAGGACCGCAAUUCCUCUCUUCUGCUCGACUUGAUCACCAAGGAUAGCACGGCACUGGGUGGUCUCACCGGCUCCGUUGUCUGUACAAUCCUCUCCAUUUUGGUCAGUCUCAUCGCGACUAUCACUAUGACGCACAUCAUUGCUUGGAAAAUCGCGAUUGUGUGUCUUUCAGUGGUACCACUACUAUUAGGCGCGGGAUACAUGCGCAUUAGUACGCUGGCCAGCUUCGAGGAGCAGCACCUGAAGGCUUUCGCGAACUCCAAUGCUAUCACCGUCGAAGCUAUCAAUUCGAUCAAAACUGUGAUGGCUUUGUCCUUGGAGCACGAAAUUCUCGGCACGUACCGUCGCUCAUUGCAAGCUCCCAUGCAGCAAAUCUCCAAACAGAGCGCAUGGGCAAACCUGUGGCUGGCAGUUGGUUACGGACUGAGCAACUUCCUGUAUGCGCUCGCCUACUGGUGGGGCUCAACCCGCAUCAUCGCCGGCGAGUACACUCAAACGCAGUUUUUCAUUGUUCAACUGGCUCUGCUGGUAAGCUCCCAAUUAUGGGGACAGACAUUCGCCCUUGCACCAGAUGUCUCACGUGCGUUUCAAGCUACUCGUCGCUUGUUAAAUGUGCUCGAUCUGGGCUCGUUCGGGAAGCUUUCUUCUGCUCUCACACCAGUGAGGGAUAUCGAAGCCACUCCCAAGUCAAGUGAGAAGGCACCAUUGAUAGACGGUGGCAUCAGUGUUGCCUUUAACCAAGUUACCUUUUCCUACCCAGCACGACCAGAGACUCGCAUUUUGCAUGGUCUGGAUCUGAACAUCCAGCGUGGGCAAUUCGCCGCGCUGGUGGGCCCCAGUGGCGCCGGCAAAUCAACUAUCAUCUCGCUCGUGGAGCGCUUGUAUAAACCAGAGUCAGGCAUGGUCAAAAUUGGUGGGCGGAACAUCGCGAUCGGAGACGACUCAUUCCGGCAUGAGAUCGCAUACGUUCCGCAACAGAGUGUCAUGUUUGAUGGCACAGUGCGCUUCAACUUGACCCUCGGCGCGCGACCCGGUCAGUCAGUAUCACAGGAGGAGCUCGAAGAAGCUUGCAAGCUGGCCAACAUCCACGACACAGUCACGCAGCUGCCUGAUGGCUAUGAUUCACAAUGUGGACCUAACGGGGACCGUCUUUCUGGCGGUCAAAAACAGAGGUUGGCGAUUGCACGGGCGCUUGUCCGAAAGCCGAAGCUCUUGCUGCUGGACGAGUCGACGAGUGCCCUUGAUGCAGAAUCGGAGAGGUUGUUGCAAGAUGGUUUAGAGAAGGCGACAAAGAAUAUGACCGUCAUCGCCAUUGCACAUCGUCUGUAUACCAUCCGCCGGGCGGAUGUCAUCUUUUUGAUUGAGAAUGGGCGAUGUGUCGAUCAGGGGAUUCAUGCGGAGUUAAUGGAUCGCAAUGAGAGCUAUCGAGUAAAUGCGCUUAACCAAGCGGUUGGCGAAUGA